AUGGUGGGUGCUUUGACUGCUUUCAGAGUUCUAAGCAAGUCCCUCAGACAUUACAAACCCAAAGCCUCUAUCUUCCCAGACAACUCACUCACUCCCACACCCAACCAAUGGCUUCACCAAACUCGCCGCACUCUGAUUCUGGAGUCGGCACCCUCUCACUCCGUCAACCCAAGACUCUCCGACGCCGAUUCCGGAAUCGUUGAAGUUAGUUUGGAUAGACCCCGAGUGAGAAAUGCAAUAGGGAAAGAUAUGCUCAAAGGUUUAGAGAACAGGCUUGAAGCUAUCAGUAAUGAUUCAUCUGCUAAUGUUCUGUUGCUCCGCAGUAAAGUUCCUAAGGUGUUUUGUGCUGGAGCAGAUUUGAAGGAACGGAAGAUGAUGACUGCAACUGAGGUUCGAGAUUUCGUGAACAAGCGUGCCACAUUCUCAUUUCUUGAGGUACUUCCCAUUCCUACCAUUGCUGUCAUUGAAGGGGCCACAUUAGGAGGUGGACUUGAGAUGGCUCUAUCUUGCGAUCUUCGGAUAUGUGGAGAAGAUGUGGUACUGGGAUUGCCAGAAACUGGACUAGCUAUAAUUCCCGGGGCAGGUGGGACUCAGCAUCUUCCUAGAUUGGUUGGUCGAUCAAUCGCAAAGGAACUCAUAUUGACUGGGAGGAAGAUUGAUGGUCGAGAAGCAAUGUCAAUGGGUCUGGUAAAUUACUGUGUCCAUGCCGGUGAAGUUUAUGUAAAGGCACUUGAAGUUGCUCGCAGUAUAAAUGACAAGGGUCCAAUAGCGAUAAGGAUGGCAAAAAGAGCUAUUGACCAGGGACUUGAGGUAGAUAGGUCAUCAGCUCUGGCACUUGAAGAAUAUUGCUAUGAGCAGACCUUGCACACAAAGGAUCGUUUGGAAGCCCUGGCAGCAUUUGCUGAGAAGCGGAAACCAAGGUAUACCGGAGAAUAAUAUGGAGGAUUUGCUAUAAUCUGUCCUGGGAGGAGUUAACUGGUGGAAUGGAAAUAAAUUAAUUUUCAGGCAAUGAAGAAAUAACAGAUUGUAGAGGCCCUAAUUUUGUAAAUCAUGAUAAUAUACAUUUAGCAACCUUUUAAAUUUUAGGGGUCAGUGAAAUAGUUGGUGUCUGUUAGGUGUGGAACCUCUUGCAUUCAAGAAGAUUGAUAAUGUAUCAGUGAAGUAAUAAAAUUGAAACUUUAAUACUACUGUUAGGAAUGAUGUUCAGAGUCUCUUUCGAUUUUCAUCCAGUCAUCUAAUACCAUGAUUGCCCUUGCUUCCGUUUAUUCUAUUGAGGAAGAGCUUAUGUUAUGACUGUGAAGUAUAAAAGGUGCCACAAAAUGCCUUUUUAAAUAACUAUUUCUUCUUUGUAGUGCUCAUGUAGCCAUUUUCUUCAUUAGCGACAAGAAUGAAAACUUUAACAGCCAAUAUUGACUUC